CCAGCAACUUGCCCAACAGUGUACUACAGUCCCACCGAGGAAUUCCCAUCCAACUCAGUAACCAUGAACAAGUUCAUCAUCUUGGCAAUCUUCGCUCUGGCCGUCGGCGCCAUGGCUGAUUACCCGAAGCCAGCUUACCACGCACCUCCUCCACCACCACCACACCACCUCCACGCUCACCCCGCUCCGGCUCCAGUGGUUCACACCUACCCGGUGCACGCCCCCCACGCCAAGUGCGGUGCCAACCUGCUGGUAGGAUGCGCCCCAAGCGUUGCCCACGUCCCAUGUGUCCCCUUGCCAGGACAUGCUCCCGCUCACGGAUACGGACACGCUCCAGCCCCACACUACCGUGCCCCGGAAUCGGACUCGUUCGACCAGUUCGAGGAAUAAGCUUCCGGUCCCACUUGAAGGCUCUUGAAGAUGCAGCGGAAAAUACUCGACACGGCAAUGUCCAAAUUAAUUAUGAGACACGGAACGCGAUCAGGAUUUCGGAAAUGGUAGCAAAAGUGUGACUAAUACUGUGUGUUGCGCAGCGCAUGAAUAAAUUGCUAUUUAAAACAAAA